GGAAUGGGAACGCAGAGCCCCAGUGGCACGGGAGCUGCCAUCCGCCGCCUGCCGCGGGGAGCCGCGCGCUCCCCGGGUGCCGCCCAGCAGCCAUGUUCAACCUGAUGAAGAAGGACAAGGAGAGGGAUGGGUCGCGCAAGGAGAAGAAGGACAAGAAGGAGAAGAAGGAGCGGAUGUCGGCGGCCGAGCUGCGGAGCCUGGAAGAGAUGAGCCUGCGCCGCGGCUUCUUCAACCUCAACCGGGGCUCCAAGCGGGAGUCGCGGGCGCGCCUGGAGAUCUCCCACCCCAUCCCCAUCAAGGUGGCCAGCGGCUCCGACUUGCACCUCACCGACAUCGAGGCCGACGGGCACCGCGGCAGCGUGGCGCUGGACUCGGGCCAGCUCAGCACGGCCAGCUCCAGCGACGACCUCAAGGUGGACGAUGGCAACUUCAAGGGCUCGGUGCUGCAGCGGGCCGCCAAGUUCGGCUCGCUGGCCAAGCAGAACUCGCAGAUGAUCGUCAAGCGCUUCUCCUUUUCCCAGCGGAGCCGCGACGAGAGCGCGUCCGAGACCUCCACGCCCUCCGAGCACUCGGCCGCCCCCUCCCCGCAGGUGGAGGCCCGGACGCUGGAGAUGCAGCUGGCCAAGCAGGGCGUGCCCCCGGGCCACCCGCGGCCCCCGUCCUCCUCCUCCUCCUCCUCCUCGGCCCCGCGCUCCCGGGUGCCCGAGAAGCAGGGAGGGCUGGAGCGCGGCCUGUGCUAA